GGCGCACUCCCGUCGAUCAUCCACGAUUCUACAUUCAGAUUAGUCCACUCGGUAUAGGGGAGUGAAUUUAGAUACCAGUAAUCAUUUAAAAAGGUUCUUUGUUAUAUAGUUUCAUGAAAAAACUAUAGAAAUAUUUGGUUUUUUAAAAAUUUUUGUAACGUGACUUGUCCCCCCAAAUAAAAUGAACUGUUCCAAACAAGCUUUGAGGAUUCUGAAACAGGCAGGCAAGCACUGCUAGCAGCCAGUCGCCAAUCGGUCACCGUAUUAAGAGGUAGAACAUAAUGUGUCAGAAUUUUCUUUUCAUGAAUUUGAGUGUAAAGUUGUUCAUUUAUUGUGAAAACGCAAUAUUAUUGUUAAAAAGUAGUAUUGUGCCUGUGGAAAGCUGUUUUAUUGAAAAAUUCAACUCAGAAGUGGCUUUUUCGAGGUGAGUGACAUAUUUUUCAUUCCUUUAUCAUCUAAUUUACGGUUAUUGGCAUCCAGACGGUAUUAUUUCGGUUUUUUAUCGAAAGUAAUGAAUUUUAAUAGUCAUUUUCCAUAAUUACCUCAUUAUAAUGCUUUUGUAGAAUAUCUAAAAUUAGUUCAUAUGUUUUUCAAAGUGGGAGGUGAGGUGUCUAAAAUAUUUUUUUUUCGGAUCUUUUGUUUUAAAUAAACAAAUUUGUUAUUAAUACCAAAUUUAGUGAGAUGUUUGUUGUCGGCGAUGUCGAGAACACUUGACCUGGCAACCGCGGAAAGCGUGUUAUAAAAGAUUAGUAAGCAACACGAUUUUUUAAAUGCCAAUUGGCAAUUUAAUUUAAAUUUCGUCUAUUUAUAUAUAGCAAAUCAACAUAUUUCGUCUACCGUUCAGAUUAUUAAUUUAGAAAUUUCCAUUAUGCCUUCAUCAUACUACUCGUUAUGAAAUAUUCUCGUAACAUUUUGUAUUUGUUUACUGACAAAGGUUUGCAAGCGAUUUUCGUCUUUACGAACAUUUUGUUUAGAGUAACCGCUGGCAAUAGCGCUUUGUGUGCGUCCGGUUCCCUACCCUUCCACUCUCCUAUCGAUUCGUCGUUUAUCCAAUGGAGAGCUCUCUUCUUGGCUCGCGGGAGCGAACUCUUUUUGCGGCGUUGUCUUUUUACGCCCAUUACUCAUAUUAAAAACCUCGGAAUAAUGGUUUUUGAUCGUCCCUGUAACAACGGCAACGUAGGUUUAAUAUUGGAGGGCAAACGAUGUUGCCAAGCUAUGGACAUACAUUCUCGUAUCGCAUACGUAAAUUUAUACUUCUACAAUCAUGAUUGUGCGACGUAUUAAAUAGUCCGAAAGGAUGAUACUGUACUUGUGGUGCAUGUUAUUGCUCUUGGCGUGGUUCGAUAACUGCCCGAUAUGGAAAAUGUAUCAUUUGACUGGUACUUGACGAAAAUCCGCCCAAAUGUAAUUUGAAAUGAAACGUUUGCGCGUGGAUGAGACCGUGAAAGAAGGAAACGAACCUCCUUUGUCUGGCGGCGGUAUCGGUCAGGGCGGCGCCCUCUAUCGUCAAUCGCUGUCCAAUGUGGUAACUGCGUCUUUAUAUUCGGCGAACAGUUCCGCGAAUACCGUGAAAGUAGUGAGCGAAGGCAUGCAAUCUGGACUAUAUCCUCCCGCUCCGCCGGUCAGCUAUGGCCAUUCGUUACCGUCGGCCACCGCGCCGCAUUCUCUUAAACCACCGACGAUGUCCAUCCCAAUCGGCGGACAUUCCCAGUUACGCACUGCCGGCGGUUCACCAUCUGGGGCUGGACUCCAAGAAUCUGCGCAACAACAAUCGUCCAAUACCACAAAUUUCCAACGGUUGAAGGUCGAAGAUGCGCUUUCGUAUCUGGAUCUGGUCAAGUACAAAUUCGGAUCGAAACCGCAAGUUUACAACGAUUUUUUGGACAUUAUGAAGGAGUUUAAGAGUCAGAGUAUUGACACCCCGGGUGUUAUAACUAGAGUGUCGAAUCUGUUUAAAGGAUUUCCCGAAUUGAUCGUCGGUUUCAAUACUUUUCUCCCUCCGGGUUAUAAGAUCGAAGUGCAACGUAACGAUCAGGGUUACGCGUUCCAAGUGUCCGUUAGUAUGCCGAGUCCGACCGGAACUAUCAACUCGGGACCGCAAGAACAUCGUUCGGCUAUGAUUUUAAAAGGUUCAGGAACUAUAAAUGUGUCCGGUCAACAACCGCCUCCGGGUCCGCCGAGCUCCCAACCGCUGUCGUUUACUCAACACAUCCCGCCCGUCACACCUCAACCACCACCAGCGCCACAACCUCAGCAACAACCGCCGAUGGUUCAUCACACCCCUUCUUACGGGGGUAACGGCGCUCCGCCGCUCACUUACGGUUCUCUGUCGUUGUCUGCAGCUCAAGCGGCGGUUACUCACGCCCUCCAGGGGAACACGGACACGCCGCAGAAUCAACCAGUAGAAUUCAAUCACGCCAUCAAUUACGUUAACAAAAUUAAGAACCGCUUCCAAGGACAACCAGAGAAGUAUAAGAAAUUUUUGGAAAUCUUGCACACUUAUCAAAAGGAACAGCGCACAUUGAAGGAGUCAUCGAGCAUAUCUAGUGGCAUAAAACAUCUAACCGAGCAAGAAGUUUACAGUCAAGUAGCAAAACUUUUUGAAAAUCAAAGUGAUCUGUUGACAGAAUUCGGGCAGUUUUUACCAGAUGCCACCAGUCAUACCAACCAGGUGCCAGUUUCGGAACACUCAAACUCCGUCAAAAAACUUCCAGUGAAACCGUAUAACCGUGAUCAUAUGCUGGAAAGACAUGGCGUUCAACAUAAACCCAGUCAUAUCGCUGGGGGGCCAGUUAAAAGAUCCCCGCCAUAUUCCAGUUAUCAACAUCGAGAUCAACCGCCUCCUAAAAAACACAAGAUUUCUUCCACUUGUCGAGAUGUUAGCCUCAGCGAAGCUGGGAAGUAUGGAACACUCAAUGAUUAUGCGUUUUUUGAUAAGGUACGAAAGGCGGUUCGAUCCCAGGAAGUGUACAACAACUUCCUCCGCUGCCUGACGCUCUUCAAUCAAGAAAUAGUCUCGAAAUCGGAACUCAUACAAAUCGUCACUCCGUUUCUCGGUAAAUUUCCCGAGUUACUUCGCUGGUUUCGCGAAUUUAUGGGUCAGAACGAAACCGAAGCGGUACCGUUCAACGUCGCUCGUAACGAGAGACCGCAAGGUGAUCACGCAUUAGAAAUCGAUCUGGCAACAGCGAAAAGAUUGGGCGCCAGUUACUGCAUCAUUCCGAAAGCGCAAGAAGGACUCAAAUGUUCGGGAAGGACUCAACUAUGUAAAGAAGUAUUGAACGAUCAGUGGGUGUCGUUUCCUACGUGGUCAGAAGAUAGUACGUUCGUUAGUUCGCGUAAAACUCAAUAUGAGGAAUACAUGUAUCGUUGUGAAGACGAACGUUUCGAACUGGACGUCGUUAUCGAAGUAAACGCCUCUACUAUUAGGGUUUUGGAAGGUGUCAAUAAAAAAUUGAGCCGAAUGAAUCCAGACGACGUUGCCAAGUAUAAACUUGAUGAUUGUCUAGGCGGAAAUUCACCUACAUUACAUCAGAGAGCUAUCAAAAGGAUUUACGGUGAUAAAGCACAAGAUAUAAUCGACGGCUUAAAAAGGAAUCCAGCGGUAGCCGUACCUGUAGUAUUAAGAAGGCUCAAAGCUAAAGAAGAAGAGUGGAGAGAAGCCCAAAAAGGUUUCAAUAAAAUUUGGAGGGAACAGAACGAAAAGUACUACCUUAAGAGUUUAGACCAUCAAGGAAUUAAUUUCAAACAAACGGAUGUGAAGGCGUUACGUUCGAAAAGUUUGUUUAACGAGAUCGAGACAAUUUUCGACGAGAGGCACGAACAAAACGAAGAAGGGGCCGAACCUAUCGUCGGUCCGCAUUUGGUAAUACAAUAUAAGGACCGUACUAUUUUAGACGAUGCAGCUAAUCUCCUUAUUCAUCACGUCAAAAGACAAACCGGUAUCCAAAAAGGAGAAAAAAGGAGAAUCAAACAUUUAUUAAGGCAGUUUGUACCCGAUUUGUUCUUUCAUCCAAGGCAGCAACUUAGCGACGAUGAAAGAGAAGAUGAUGAUGAUAAGGACGAUUGUGAUGAUAGCCCAAGUAGUUCGCCGAAAUCUGAUAAGGAAGUGAAGAAAGAAGGACCGAGUCCUGGUAAAUCUCCCGGUAGGGGAGAUAUUAGUCCCAAUUCCGUAAAAAUGGAAACCGAUACUAAGGACGAAGAACAAAAAGCGCUUUUACACAUGCAAACCAGCGAUCCUGAUGAAGCUUACACUCUUUUUAUGGCGAAUAAUAACUGGUACGUCUUCCUCCGUUUACACGCCAUUUUAUGUGAACGUCUGGCGAAAAUUUAUGAAAGGGCCGUAGCAAUGGCCGCCGAAGAGGCAAAAGCCCGUUCGAAUCGCAAGGAAAGUACGGCCAUAGCACUCCGAUUAAAACCGAAACCCCAUAUCGAAAUCGAAGAUUACUAUCCCGCUUUUCUUGAUAUGGUGAAGAAUCUCCUCGAUGGUAACAUGGAGGCCAAUACUUACGAAGAUACGUUACGAGAAAUGUUCGGUAUACAUGCUUACGUCGCAUUUACGUUGGACAAAGUCGUGUCGUAUGCGGUGCGGCAAUUACAACAUUGCGUUACCGAACGUACGGCCACGUCUUGUCAGGAUCUGUUUUUGAAGGAACAGAAAAAGGGAGCUGCUGGAGGAUCCUGCGCCACGGCAUACAAAAGGGUUCACCAAGAAUUAGCUUACCAGCGGGCGGCGGAAAAGAUUGUCCAAGAUGAGAAUUGUUUCAAGGUUUUUAUCUACAAGGAAGAUUGUCGUAUGACGAUCGAAUUACUCGACGCUGAAAAUGAAGAUGGUAAAAAAGUAGACGAUGGGAAAAAAUGGAAUGCGUAUAAAGAGCGUUAUGUUGACAUUACUUUGGACUCGAAACCUAGAUCGCCGGUAUAUUUGGACAGGAAUUUGAGGUUAUAUCAAAGGAGGGUAGCGAACAAUGUCUGCAAGAACAAAAGACAAAUCAGAAAUCAUCAGUCCAACAGGGAGGAAGAAUCCAGCGAGGAAAAUAAAAAGAUGGAUACCGAGAAUUUCAAUAUUCUAGACGCCAUUGAGAGGAAAUUGAACGAAAGAACUGUACCGGAGAGAGAUCAGACGGAGCAUCCCGGUUAUGAGGUCAACGAUGAAACUGAAUGCAAAUUUAAUGUCCAAGAUUCCAAAAUUAUGUUUACUGUCAGAAAAGAUAGUUAUUUGUACAAUAUUAGUGCCUUCCACAAAGCGAGAAAGUCUCAUCCGCAUGUAACGAAGAAAAAAGCGGGUCGUUUUCGGCAGUGGUUAAAACAUUGGACCAGUGAGCACGUUAGUGACAUUCAAGUGAAGCAGUGCACGGACUGGUUAAUGGGUAGGUGCGAGGGCGUAGUGCCCAACAGGACGCGUGUAUUAAAUGAUAACGAUAUAAAUAGGACUCCUUAUGUGCCCUACAACAGAUACCGUGUUGAACGUUUGGCGUCAUCCAACGAUGCUUCUUCCAACGUUUGAAAAUCAAAAAAAAUUUAAAAAGGAUCGACCGUUUCCUGGAAUGUACUAACUUUAUGGUAUAAAGUGGAAUUAUUAAAAAAAAAAAUUGUACGAAAAUGAAAUUUUUGAAAUUAAUUAAUUCCACGAGGCGGUCCAGAAUAUUUUUUGCAAUUUCGUGUUAAUUUUUUUUAUAUAUAUUUAAUUGUUGUUUGUUAGAAGACAUUUGAACCGGUUCCUUAUGCAGGUGUAAAAUUUUAUGUGGUGCUGUGGCGGGGCUACCAAUUUUCUUUUUCAAGUUUAAUUUUUUCAUUGUCUCGUCACUUGGAUCUCUUAGUGAGUGUUCAAAGCAACUCGUACAUCGAAUUUUAUCAUCAUUAAAUGAUAUCUAACUACUUGAAUUUGAUAUGAUUAUAUAAUUUUCAUUUGUUGUUCUAAGAGCUGAAUUCUAAAUCUACUCGAUAAAUAGUCUAAAUGUGGCUAUUCCCAAAGAUUCUGUGACGUGCAUUUGAACUACUAUGAAAAGUUUAUCGUAUUUGCAUAUUUAGGUUAUAACAGUCCGAUGGAAUUUUUGAGGUAUUUUAUGUACUUACACAAACAAAUUAGAAGGAUAAAGGACUAGUUUUCCUAGGUUACAAGAAUAUUUUUUAAAGUUAUUUCUUCUUUUGACAAUUUUAAGAGUCAAAAGACAGUCCCUAAUUCUUAAACUGUAACUAUUUUGAAAGAUUCUUUGACUUGCAUUUGAACUACUUUUUAAUGUUUAUCGUAUUUGCAUUUCGUUUCGGUUACAACAGGAAUUUUUAAGGCGUUUUAUGUAUUGACAGGAACAAAUUGAAAGGAUAAAGGACUAGUAAACCUCAUUGGAUUAGAAUCCCCAAAAAAUUUGGCUCAAAACUAUUUUAUAUUCACACUAAGUUCUAUUUGUCUAAAAAUUAUAUAUUCUACAAAUAUUUUCCCUAUAUGACAAAUUGAAAUAAGUAUAUUUUACUCUGUAUAUUCUAACUUUGGACUAAAUUUUGGCAAAAAAUUGAUCCUUUCAUCAAAUAAGCACAAAAAUUAAAUUUAUUUAACUAUGAGUGAGCUUUGACCACUUACUUUCGGUAAAAUCAAGAAACAUUUGUGUGAACCCUAUUAUUUUAUAUGAAUUUCAAAGUAUUUUAUUAAUUUAUUGAUUUUUUUUGUGAAAAGGCCCUCGCAGUGAUACAAUUUUUUUUAUAUAUAUAUAUGUACCUAUUAAGUAUGAAAACUCUUUGUAAUUGUUUGUUCAAAUUUUUAUCAUUGAAUUGAAUCGAUAAUACAAAGUUUUUUUGUCUUUUGAUUAUAAUAUGCAAUUCAACAUCGACCGAUUAAAAUAUAUAUUUAAUUGAAUAAAUGAACGUAAAAAUUGAAAUUUCGUUUCUUUUAUCGCGUUUCCAUGAAAUAGAAACUUGUUAAUCCAGAAUUAUGGUCCAAACGACAUACUUUUUGCUGUUUGUCGAAAAGUACUAUUAAACAUUUGGACCAUAACUCUUUUAAAAGUAUAUACCUUUCAUAUCCGAUACAUUAAUCAAGUAUAUAAUGAUAUAUUCUUGAAAAAAUUCUUCCAAAGAUCCAUAUCAAGUUAGCUCAUUGACCUUUAAGCAUUCUUACUGUUCUAUAGAAGCUGUCGGCUUUGAAAUUUCACUGUUAAACCCAAAUUUCCAUAAUAUGUUUAUUUACUCGAAACAGAAUGUUGGUCGAUGUUGAUUUGUAACCGGACUUGCAGCUGAGAGUGCAAUACUGUUUUGUGUGUUUAAUUUUUGAAGAAGAAAAAAUACAAACAUGAGAAUUGAAAACUAGUAUUUGAAAUAUGUUCCAAAUAUAUCAUUUGCUGUUUGGUAAGAUAAAAUUUCAACAAAAACAAAUUAUUAAUUUCCUAUAUUGCCAAAUUUUGCAUAUAUCCCAGAUUAUCUAAUUCUAUAUAUACAUAUUUUGAACAAAUUUCAAUCUGGUAACUUUUUUUUUUUCAGAAAUGUUUAGCAGUAAAAAGUAUAUUUAGAUAUUGGAAACACUUUCUAAAUUUUUUGAAAAAAUACUGUGCUAACCCCAAAUUUACUGUGCCCAUUUUUUUUAACCGAUAUGACUUUUGUCUUUGUAUUCUUUGAACGAUUUAAUUGUUUAUUUUGAAUUGUAAGUUAAAUCGUAUGCAGCAACCGACAAGUCUUCUUUGGUGGGUGUUUUAAAUGAUAAUCUUCAUUGUUGCAAACAAUUUCGAAAGUUUCAUCACUGUAAUGUAUCUUCGGGCUAACACAAAAGCGUUAGAGUCGCAUCAAUAUAAAAUAAAAGUAAUUUGAUACGUUAAUGGAACUUCAAGUGUCUAAGAGACACUUGGAAUCGCUUAACUAUGAUAUUGGUUCCCAUCAGGAGCGGUCUGUAUCAGUUAACUAGAUGACAUCUGACGUUGUAGUGUUGGUUUGUUGUUGCCAAUUUAUUUCCAUUAUUUCAAGUCCCAUUUCGAACUCUUUUUCUAUAACAAAUGCGGUAAUAUUUCUAAAAAUAAUUACUACCACUAACUGAAAGGGGGAGCAAAUAUGUCAGUAAUUAUUGUAAAAUGAAAUGCAUCAAUUAAAUCAAAACUUUUGAUUGAACUUUAUUAAAAGAUUUCUCAUUUUAUUUGUAAAGUAUACUGGUGUCAAAAUUGGAAAAAAUUUUCUUAACAAUCAUUUUAUUGUACUUUUCAAUAAUACUUUUUCAGUUAUUUUUUUUUCUAUAUAACCAAUUGUGAACCAAUAUCGAUUAAAAAAAAUAUGGCAUUAAGUACAAUAUGUAUAUAAAUUGAUUUAUGUCACAAAAUUCGUAUUUUCUUAAAGUGUUUCCAUUAUAAUCAAUUUUUUUUACCAAUAUAAUAUUUGAGCCGAUUUUUUCGUCACUUCUGACAAGCUUCAUCUUCGAAUGAAAAGCUCUAUUUUUAAUUGUAACGUUAUGUUGACAUAUUUCGUGAAGCGAAUUUUUGUAUAUAAAUAUAAUUGGAAGUAAUUCGUUUUUUUUUGUGUUUAAUUAUUUAUUUUUUUUGAGAACGGUGUAAAAACUAAGUACAAACUCUAUUUUUUUAUAGAUAGUUGCUUUUAAGAUAUGUCAGCAUCUUGAGCCAUCCAUGUAUAUAAUAAAUAGAGACUUAUAAUGUGAAAAUAACCAAUAAAACAUUUUCUGUAAAGAAAAACAUUCCAUUUUGUAUGAAAAUAGAUGUUUUAAUAAAAUGAACAGUUCAAUUUAAUCGAUUGGUUAUUUUCACAUCGUUUUUUUCUCACUUUUAAUUUGUAUAAAUAGAUUAUAGUUUCUUAAAAGUGGGAGGCAAUAUGUACACAUUUCAAAUAUCUUGUACAUACAGUUUAUAAAAAAAAUAUUUGAGA